AUGUCUACCUUCCAAAUCACAGUCAACUCCAAUUUGGUCCCCGUCCUUAGACAGAAUGAGAAUGGACCAUGUUAUAUUAUUGCCCUUGUUAACGCCAUCUUACUCCGGGAUUCACAGUCACAGUCACAGUCACAGUCUGUGCAAGACUUUGUGGCAAAAUUGACGGAGUUAGAGAAGUCUCAAAAGAAGGUCCCCAUUGACGAGAUAUAUGCCUUUCUUGUCGAUUCUCUACUUGGAAUGGAGUCCCUAGACCCAACAGAGAUUAUGAACACGCUCCCCGUCUUGGAAAGUGGGUUGUUGAUCAACCCGGCGUUUGACGACCCCGUGGUUACUGAUUUUGGACUCUACUCUGAAGCGAUUUCUGCAAUCCUGAGCCAUUUCAAGGUGAAGCUGUACCAUGGAUUUAUAAUGCCCUAUGACUUACUUGAUCGGUUGCAUGAAAAUGGUAUCGAGACUACUUUUGAUAGUUGCCAAGAUUAUCUAGUCUCCCACAUAGAUCACCCCGAUGAUGACAUGGCUCUACAGAUCAGCACUUUUCUGUCUUCCGAACAGACACAGUUGACAGAAUCAGGAUUGGAGCUUUUGACACAACAGCUAUCAGAUGACGAAAUAGCCAUAUUUUUUAGAAACGAUCACUAUAGCACUUGCACUAAACAUAAUAACCGGAUCUACUUACUUGUCACCGACGUUGGUUAUAUUAACCAGCGUGACAUUGUUUGGCAGCCAUUGGCUCUAGACAAUGACACUGACUUUGUAAACUUUUCCUUUGAACGGUCUAGAAUCGUUUCCCCCGAACGAAUCAAAGACCCCAAACUACAAGAACAAGAAGAGGCUGAUCUUCAACUGGCAAGGCAAAUCCAGGUUCAAGAGGAUGAACAUCUUUCGAAACGUUUACAAAGGGAUAAGAACAAGCAUCAGCAAAAAUCACAAGGGAAAAUAUCACAAAAAACACCACAAAAACAGGAACUACAGCCACAGCAGCAUCAACAAACAUAUUCUAACAAAGUACAGAAAACGUCAAAUGGGAAAGCAUGUUCUCUGAAGAAAAGUAAAAAGAAAAGCUGUAUUAUUGUUUAG